AUGGCUAUGUUUCGGAGAGUCAUCUCUCUCAAUGCCUCCGCCCUUGCGAUACGGCAGGCCAGAACCUCAAUCGCCCGCUCGCGAUUACUGUCGAUACCUGUUACUCGGUUCCGUACUUAUUCCUCGACUAGUCCCCGACGGCAACAGGCCUUCCAGUCGCAAAUUGAUAGCACCCUCAAUUCUUCCACCCUCCAGUCCUCUCUGAACUCCACCGCACCGACCAACCCACAGACACUUACCGAGAAGAUUGUACAACUUCACGCAGAUGGCCUCCGUGAAGGAAGAAAAGUCAGAGCUGGAGAUUAUAUUACGCUGCGGCCUCACAAGAGCAUGACCCACGAUAACUCCUGGCCUGUAAUUACCAAGUAUAUGGAAAUGGGCGCCACCAGGGUCAACGAUAAUCGCCAGGUUGUCAUGACACUUGACCAUGAUGUACAGAACGACUCCGAACAAAAUUUACGCAAAUACCGCCUAAUCGAGGAGUUCGCCAAAAAGCAGGGCAUAGAUUUUUAUCCCGCUAAACACGGGAUCGGACACCAAAUUAUGAUUGAAGAAGGCUACGCCUGGCCAGGAACCGUCGCCGUUGCUAGCGACAGUCACUCCAACAUGUACGGCGGUAUCUCGUGUCUUGGCACGGCCAUCGUCCGCUCAGACGCCGCAAGUGUCCUGGCGACCUCUACAGUAUUCUGGCAGGUUCCACCGAUUGCGAAAAUCACAUUCACGGGCGUCCUACCUCCGGGAGUCACGGGAAAAGACACGAUUAUUGCCCUAUGUGCUAUGCUCAAAUCUGAUGUGCUUAACAUGUGCGUAGAGUUCACCGGAUCUAAGCAGACUCUAGCAAGCAUCCCCAUUUCCGAACGCUUGACAAUCGCCAACAUGACAACCGAAUGGGGAGCACUAUCAGGACUCUUCCCUAUGGACGAUAUGCUUAUCUCAUGGUACCGCGCCAGAGCCACAAUCGCAGCUAUGUCUGAUAGUCCCACUAAGGAUCGUAUAAAUCACAAGCGGAUUGAUGAGCUUUUGGAAAACCCUCUAGUUGCUGACCCUGGUGCUACAUAUGCCAAGGAAUUUUAUCUUAACCUAUCCACCCUUUCGCCCUUCGUUGCUGGUCCCAACUCUGUCAAAGUUGCUACCCCUGUUAAGAAGCUUGAGGCUCAGGAUAUUGCUAUAGAUAAGGCAUAUCUUUUGAGUUGCACUAACGGCAGGAGUACGGAUUUUGCUGCUGCUGCUCGUGUCUUCCGCGAGGCCGGCAAAGAUGGCAAGCCUGCUAAGAUGGCGGAAGAAGCCGGGGACUGGCAGAUCCUUGAACAGUCUGGAGCUGAGUUACUCCCGGCCGGGUGUGGCCCUUGUAUAGGCUUAGGCCGUGGCUUACUUAACGAUGGCGAGGUAGGCAUAUCGGCGAGUAACAGAAACUAUAAAGGGCGCAUGGGUGACCCCAAGGCACUAUGUUAUCUCGCCAGCCCUGAGGUAGUCGCAGCCAGUGCCAUUCAGGGUAAGAUUGCUAGCCCUGGAUGGUACCUGAAGCCCGAAGGUGUUGAGAAGGUUAUCUUUGGUGAAGGGACCGGUGACUUUGUUGCCGACAAAGCUCGCUCCAUUGGAGAUGCUUUUGACCAAAUCAUUGGUGAGAUGGAGAACAUGAUUGGCGCUGCUGAAGGAGCCUCUGAGGAAUCAGCCAGCCCAGUGGCCACCGAAGACGAGACUUUGACAGACGUCCUCCCGGGCUUCCCCGAAAGGAUUGAGGGCGAGAUUGUUUUCUGCGACAAUGACAACAUCAAUACCGACGGUAUCUACCCCGGACGUUAUACCUACCAAGAUGGCCUGACCACAGAGCAAAUGGCCGAGGUCUGCAUGGAGAACUAUGAUACUGAGUUCCGCAAGGUUGUUAAACCAAAUGAUGUGCUGGUGACCGGAUUCAACUUUGGUUGCGGUUCUUCUCGUGAACAGGCUGCCACUUCUAUCCUAGCCAAUAAGAUCCCUCUCGUCGUUGCUGGUAGCUUCGGUAACAUCUUCAGCCGCAACAGCAUCAACAACGCUCUUCUUGGAAUUGAAAUCCCGAAACUGGUCGAGCGGCUUCGUGAAGCGUACAAGGACGACGCGGAGAAGCCCUUGACUCGCCGUACAGGCUGGAAGCUACUUUGGGACGUUCGUCGCUCCAAAGUUGUCAUCACAGAGCAGGAUGGCACCUCCUGGGAGCAAAAGGUUGGUGAGAUGCCUCCCAGCGUUCAAGAAAUCGUCGCCAAGGGAGGUGUGGUAAAGUGGGUGCAAUCUAAGAUGCAGGGUUAA